AUGGCAUUGGUCGACAUCUCCAUGUUACGUGCCCUGGGACCCGAACCUGCACGGACAGUGGCCGAUUCGAACUUACGAAGGGAUGUGUUUUCCAUUACAGUCCUUCAGUCAGAUGUGCCAGCGCGAACACCCGGUGGACGGGACGCUGCAGGACAACCAAAUAAGAUGAAACUAGAAAGGAUGGAGGAGAUGAUCGUCCCCCAGGAUACCCGUGCAGACCCCCCAGCCGCAUGA